GCGUGUGCGCCCGCGUCCGCCUCGCGUCGCUGCCCUGACCUGCCCCGGCCUCUGCCGCGCCCGGUCGGCCCGGCCUCCAGGUUCCCGCCGUGCCUGCGGCGCGCGCCGCCCGGACAUGCGCGGCGCCCCGGUGCUGCUGCUGGUGGUGCUGUGCCUGAGCCUGACUGCCGGCCUGGACGACGACGACGCCGUCCCCGAGGCCGCGGCUGACGCCGGCUCCACGUCAGCGACCUCCACGACCUCCGCGCCGAGCACGGCCAGCCCGAGCCAUGGCGCCGGCGGCCGCAACUCGACGUCGAGGAGCCCCGCUCCGCGCGUCCACCACAACGCAGACGCGGAGUGCGGGCUGAGCCUGCUGUCCCGCCGCCGCCCUCGCUCGCUGUGGACGCCGUCAUCCUGGUCGCAGUCCCAGGGCCGCAUCGUCAACGGCAAGGAGAGCCGACAGGGCGCUUGGCCCUGGCAGGCCUCGCUUCAGGUGCUGCACCCACGCCUCGGUCUCAUCGGCCACUGGUGCGGCGGCGUGCUCGUGCAGGACAAAUGGGUGCUGACCGCCGCCCACUGCAUCCACAACGAGGUAUUCAGCCUGCCCAUCCCGGCUCUGUGGACCGCCGUGCUGGGCGACUGGGACCGCGAGGUGGAGGAGAACACCGAGGUCAGGGUGCCUAUUGAGAAGAUCAUCAUCCACCACAAGUUCCACGGCUACAACAACGACAUUGCGCUGCUAAAGCUGUCGCGCCGCGUGCGCAUCACGGGCGCGUCCCGCGUGCGGCCCGUGUGCCUGCCGCCGCCACCCGACGGCCCCGGUGACGGCCCCGGCGUGCCCCCCGUGCCCAACGCGCCCGGCGACGACAAGCCCCUCUGCAUGGCGACCGGCUGGGGCCGGCAGUCGGCCUCGGGCGGUGAGACGGCCACGCUCCUCCAGGCCGCCGUGCCGCUGCACGCCAACACGCUCUGCGGCAAGCGCUACGGCGGCGGCGUGCGCAUCGGCCAGGGCCACCUCUGCGCCGGCCACCUGGACGGCUCGUCCGGCACCUGCGUUGGGGACUCGGGCGGGCCGCUGCAGUGCCUCGGCAAGGACGGCCGAUGGUUCCUGGUCGGCAUCACGUCCUUCGGGUCGGGCUGCGCCAAGCCGGGCUUCCCGGACGUCUACACCAGGCUGUCGCACUACUCGAGCUGGAUCCAGGGGCAGCUCGACAGCGACGUGGACGACAUCGAGGAGGAAGAGGAAGGGCUGGAGGAGGGGGCGCAGGAAGAGGAGGAGCAGGAGGAGGACGAGGACCAGGACCUGGCCGACUAUUGAGCUCCUGCCACCUGUUUCAGGAGUAACUGAACUGGCUCGUCUGGCAGAUGCGAAACGAAAUCCACCUUCCAAUCUGUAAAACGUCAUGUUCACCAAGGAAGCCUAGGGCAUGGCGUGGCGUUGGCCCAGCCGCCACCUGUGGGGGUUGGCUGCGCGGGGUGGAGUAACGCAUUGCCGGAGCGUGACAAAGAUUGAUGUCCUUCCGUGCGCCCCUUUCAAUCCGCGCGCCCCGCCCAGGCUGUCCAACCGCGUCGCACUGCGCGCUCAUCGGUGGCAACGCUGCCAACAUGACAACAGGGCAGGGAGAUUUAUCAGGGGAAGGAGACUGACACAAACAAUUUGUGAAUUAUUUAUCGCGUCUUUGUGUUACUCGCAUUUUGUUAAGCGGAGUUUGAUCGUUGUUAUUGCUGCUCUUGUUGUUAUUCAUGUGAUAUUUAAUGUUAUGGUAGAGUACUUUUAAUUUAUUUAAAUUAUAGGCAGCGUGCCGUUGACAGA